UGACCCUGCUGAAAUAACCACUGGAGCAGUUGAAAUAACCACUGGAUCAGCUGAAAUAACUACUGACCCUGCUGAAAUAACCACUGGAGCAGUGGAAAUAACUACUGGGGCAGCUGAAAUUUCUACCGAAGGACCUGAGAUAACUACUGAUCCUGCUGAAAUGACCACAAGAUCAGCUGAAAUAACCACUGACCCUGCUGAAAUAACCACUGGAGCAGUGGAAAUAACUACUAGGGCAGCUGAAAUAACCACUGAUCCUGCUGAAAUGACCACUAGAGCAGUUGAAAUAACCACUGGAUCAGCUAUAAUAACUACUGACCCUGCUGAAAUAACCACUGGAGCAGUGGAAAUAACUACUGGGGCAGCUGAAAUAACUACUGAAGGACCUGAAAUAACCACUGAUCCUGCUGAAAUGACCACUAGAGCAGCUGAAAUAACCACUGACCCUGCUGAAA